AGGUAUUCCCUGAAAAUCACCAUGGCAUGGAAUAUAUAUCGGAUCUCCCUUGUUUUGCUUUCAGUGUUCCUGGCACAGCAAGUUUCUUCACAAGAACUGUCUUGCAAAGGACGUUGCUCUGAGAGUUUUGAAAGGGGGAGACCGUGCGACUGUGAUGCAGAUUGUGACAGAUACGGCAAGUGUUGUCCAGAUUACGAAGAAGCAUGUUUAGUAGUUCCAACUACUCCAGCACCCACCACCACGACCACCACGGUACCAACAACAACUACAAUGACCACAACCACGCCUCUGCCAACGACCACCACGACCAAACCAUCAACUACAACACCAAAGCCAAAGUCUACAACCAAACGUUCUCCCAAACUUAAGCCCAAACCCAAGCCCAAACCCAAGCCUAAACCCAAACCCAAAAUGAAACCUAAACCCAUCCCUCCAAAGAAGAAAAAGAAGCAAAAGAAAGUGUCGCAUGAAAUAAUGGAAGAACAUUCUGAACAGUCCUCUUCGUCCUCCUCCUCCUCGAAGAUUCGGAGAACGAUGGCUUCGUCAACAAAUUCUGGCGAUAAGCGCAAGAAGAAGAAGAAGGGUAAAACUGACGAGGAAUUGGAAGAGGAAGAAGAAGAAGUGAAUGAAUCAUCAAAGUCAUCAUUAAAAUCUUUAAAAUCCAAAGCUGUGAAAGUGAUUUCAGAGGAGGAUGGCAGCGGAAUAGACAAUGCAGUGACAACAGUAGCUACCACGUCGACAACAACGCAGCCUUCGACCACAACCACCCUGCCUUCGACCACAACCACCCUGCCUUCGACCACAACCACCCUGCCUUCAACUACAACCACGACCAAGCUGCCUACGACAACAACCAUAACAAAGCUACCUACAACCACGACGAAGCUUCCUACGACGACCACCACCACAAAGCUUCCUACCACAACCACCACCACAACACAGCCUACGACGACAACGAAGCAGCCAACAACCACGACCACAACAACACAGCCUACGACAACGAAGCAGACAACAACCACGACCAAGCAGCCUACAACGAUGACCACAACAAAGCUUCCUACUACCACAACGGAACUACCUUCUACGACCACAAAGCAACCUGACACAGAGAAAACAACCCCAGGAAAUAAAGAUAGCGAACCCACCAAGGAAACGCCAACUAACAAGAAUACAAACACUACAGUAACACAGGUGACUACAACUUCCUUGAAAACAUCAAAAACCCCUGACACCCCGUCCUCGACUGUGGACAAGACUACAACAUACACCUCCACUUUGCCCACCAUACUUAUACCUACAAAAAGAAAAACUACGACAUACUCCACAAUCUCUAGUGUAAGGCUUCCCGAGUGGAUUACCAACCUAACUGCAGAGUAUGUUCGGCCAGAAAAGUUUGUCACACCUCUGUUGUACAAAGAUGUACCUCAAGAGAUGAACUUAUGCAACCGGAAGCCGGCAGAUGGGAUAGUCCCUUUGCAAAAUGGAUCACUGGCUGUAUUCAGAGGCCAUUACUACUGGUUGCUGAAUGGAACGAGUCCACCAUCACCUUGCCCCCGUAAAAUCACAGAGGUGUGGGGUAUCCCCUCUCCCAUCGACACAGUCUUCUCUAGAUGUAACUGUGAUGGCAAAACCUUCUUUUUUAAGGAUUCUCAGUACUGGCGCUUCACCAAUGAUAAAAUGGAUGCUGGCUAUCCCAAGGCAAUUGUAAAAGGAUUUGGAGGACUGAAUGGAAAAAUUACAGGUGCUCUCUCUGUGGCUAAACACAAGAACAGGCCAGAAACGGUUUAUUUCUUUAAAAAAGGCGGCAACCUCCAGCAAUAUACCUACAAACAAGGAGGAACGAAGAAAUGCAGCAAAAAGAAAGUGGUGACUGUGAACUAUCCGGCUUACAAACCAAAAGCUGUGAUCAGGAAAAGGCGGAGGCGCUUUGAACGUUCAGUAAGACCGGCUCAAAUUCUCCGGACCGUCAGAGUCCAGCAUCGCCCAGUUGUUCAGUUCAGGCACCAGGCGACUGGAGUCUUGCAGCCAGAGGUCAAAGUUGCCUCAUACUGGAGGGGAUUCCCAAAAGAAGUGAAUUCUGUUAUAUCGGUUCCAAAUGAUCAGAAGCCAGAUGGUUAUGAUUACUAUGCUUUUUCUAAAGAUCAAUACUACAGCGUGGAUGUGGGCAGCAGAAUAGCAAGACCAGUCACACUACAGACUGGGCAGACUGUGUCUGGAGCCUGGUACAAGUGUCCUUUAGAGUGA